CCAUCCUGUCUUCUUCAUCCACCGCCAACCGCCAACAACAUGCGCCCAUCAUCUGCGCUCGUUCUCGCCUUCGCGGCCUCAACUGUGGCCCAGGAUCAGGUUCUGCUUGUUGACAAGCUCAAGGGCUGGUUCGCACAGGCUACCGCUGCCGUCUCGUCGGCUGUUCCUGCCGCUGCCUCGUCGCCCGUUGCCUCUGGUCGCGCCAAAGCUGCCGAAUCCAUCCAGCACGAACUCACUCUCGAGAACUGGAAAGAGACACUCACCGUCGACCCCUCCGUGAGCACCCCAACCACGCAAGAAUGGCUCGUGUACAUCACGGGCGGCAACGCGACCUGCUUCGGAUUCUGUGGAAACACCACCAAGGCUUGGAAUACAUCGCUCCCGCUUCUGGCAGCGAAGCCCAACCCGCCCAAGUUCGCCGUCAUUGACUGCGAUGCCCAACCUGUGCUCUGCAACUCGUGGUCUGUCGGUCCUCCAUCGCUGUACUACUUCCAGAUCCCCAAGCCCCUGGCCGACCAGUCAGCCCCCGCUGCUACUGUUCGCUACCAGCCUUUGAACCGUACAUCUACUACUACGGACACGUUGAAGAAGCUGGUGCUGGACAAUGAGCUCGAGAAUGUGGUGCCUUACGAGGGCUACUUCCACCCCUUCAACGGACCUCUCCAGCAAUACGGUUUGGCGGUUCCGCUCGCUUAUGUUAUUUGGGGAUUCUCCAAGAUGCCCUCGUGGUUGCCCAUGAUCUUGAUCUCCUUCAUGAGCCGGACUAUAAUGGGUCGCCGCGGUCAGGGUCCUGCUCCACGAGCUGCUGCCCAGCCAGCACAGUAAUUGCCGUUCUAGCUU